CGGGCUGGGCUGGGCCGGGCCGGGCCGGGAGCGCCUGGCUGCCAGGGGCCCGGGCUGCCCUCGCUCGGCGCCCGCCGCCGCCCCGCGCCCGCUGACAGCGGCUGACAGCCGCCAUUUAACCCUCCUGCCGCCGCCGCCUCGGGCAGCGCCGGCGGCGCCUCCUCCGCGGGAAGCGCCGCGCUCUACCCCGACCCGCCGGCCGCUCCGCCUGCGGCGAGGAGGUCCCGCGUUUGCCCCCGCCCCGGGAUUCUCUGUCUCGCCUCUGCCCCGGAGGCUGCGGCUGUCCCGCCCGGAGCUCCGGUGCUCCAGCGCUUUGGAAGUGCCGGGAGCAUCGGCGCGGGGAGCGACUGCCCGGGGUCCUCGCUCGAGUCCGUAUUAGGUGUUCUUGGAAAACGUGCUGGCACUUUGGAGCUGAAAAAGGACAUGAGGAGUAAAAGGACCCAGGAUCUCAGUGGUCAGAAUGAAACAUAUGUUGAAAGAUUUUUCAAAUCUUUUGUUAGUAGUGCUCUGUGACUACGUUCUUGGGGAAGUGGAGUAUCUCCUGUUGGAGCAUCCAGAUCAUGUAGCUUUCAGCAAUGACACAGUGUCUGUGGAAUAUCAGUACUACAGUGGUGGUAAUGUGACAGCAGAGCAUGUGUCCCUCCUUUUAUUGGAUGCCAGCACCAGUGAGAUAAUUGCAAGAAAACAGCUUCCAGCAAAUCAGUCCCAGGGGACAGUGGUGUUUGAGUGUUUCCAUUUCAAGAGUGCUGGUGAUUUCUUGUUCAGAAUGGUCUCUCCCAGUGACAACAGCAGUGCUGCCCAGUGGAGUAGAAGCAGCAUGUCCACCCUCCAUGUGGAAUGGCCUGUAUUUCACAUUGAUUUGAACAGGAGUUCAGAGGUGCUUGGGAGCUCCCUUCAGGUUGGACUUUUUACAAAUGAGCAGUUAUGUGGCAUGAACAAUACUGUUAUUUCACUGGAUGUGAUAUUCACCAGCACCCUUUAUGAAUUCAGAAGAGUAUGCUCUGAUGAGACUCUGGGCAUUAGAACUAGCAAAGGAAUCCCCCUGUCUAGGUCCCAGUGGGUAGAAUUUGAUUGCCCACCUGUUGGUCAAGAAGUAUACAUCACCGUGUUACUGAAAUCGUUAGAAACACAUUCCAUCAUUGCUUCCAUGGGACCUGUAGAUCUCCUCCAAAAAUUUGGAUACAGACUGGUUGUGGCAGCAGAAGACAUAUGCAAAACUUUGGUUCAGGUCUUCGCAAUCUCUCCACCGUGCACUUCUAUGAGUGGAAAAAUUGUUGUUUAUAAAGAGGCUCUCAAGCAUCCGAGUCAAAAAACAACUUGGCUGUAUGAAAACAUCCUUCACCCAGGAGAUAACAGAACAGAAUUUAACUGCACUUUAUUUGAUGUUGGGAAGAACAAAUACUGCUUUGACCUCCUCAACUUCUCAAAUCGAAGCUAUUUUCCAGCAAGAGUUAAGGAGUGUAUACUGAUCCAAAGGAAUAUGGAAACGUGGAGCCGGUGGCAGCCCUGGAGCCCGUGCAGUGUCACCUGUGGGGACGGAAUCCGGGAGCGCUUCCGAGAGUGCCUCACCUCCUCGCCGGCAAAACCAGGCUGCGCUGGAUCACCGAGGGAGACUUCCCUGUGCUCGCUGGAGGAGUGUGUGUCUGUCCAGCCUCCCACCCCACCUUCUGUUCAGCCAGGAGAGGACCAGAAAGCAAAUAAUAUAGUUACCAUCACAGGUAUUUCACUGUGUUUGUUCAUCAUCUUUGCCACUGUUCUUAUCACCCUCUGGAGGAAGCUCUGCAGAGCUCAGAAGUGCAGCACUGCCGUCCGUCGAAACUCCGUCCAUUCCCCCGGCUUCCGGAAAAACUCAGAUGAGGAGAACAUUUGCCAAGGCAACAAGCAACGGGACAGCUUUGUUGAAGGAGGGGACGCCCCUGUUAACAUUCCCCUAACCUACAGGCGAAGCCUCCAAUUUGCCCAAGAAGAUGAUGCCUCUGGAAAUGAAAACUUUCAGCCAAAUGCCCAAAAAAUAAUCCCUCCAAUUUUCAGCUAUCGCCUGGCACAGCAGCAGCUGAAAGAGAUGAAGAAGAAAGGCCUGACAGAGACCACUAAAGUGUACCAUGUCUCUCAGAAUCCUCUCACAGACACGGUUCUUGGUGCCACCACGAUGCUUCCCCUGAGCGGGGAAAACCAAGAGGAGGCAGUGGCAAACAAAUUUCGGAUCAAAUCACCAUUUCUGGACCAGCCAGCCAGUCAGCCCAAGUUCCUGGGAGAAGGCUCUCACCCUAGGCUGGAUUUUCCAUUCUCACAGGCCAAUCCUGCAAUGAGCCCUACCCAAACCUUGGUAAGAAGAGGUCAUUUCAAGCACCAGGAUAACAGAGUGGACUUGCCUGAGAGGGGCUGUCACAAAAACUCGCAGUUCAGAAGAACAGCCAGUUUCCAUGAAACUAAAAAGGCCAGGCCUUUCAGAGAGAGAAGCAUGUCCACACUCACACCCCGACAGACUCCUCUCUAUAACUCCAGGACCAGGACGUGGGACCAGGGUCUGGAGGACAGGACACGGCCAAAAUCGAGAAACGCUAACCCAGCUUGUGAAAAGCUGGAUCAGCCCCACAGCGCUGUGCUGGGGUGUGAACCACAGGGCCAUCAUGCAAAACCCCACCACAGGGCAGGUCCCCCGGUGAGGAAGCUGGACCUGAUCACAGACCGCCAGCCUGCCGGUCAGGAGAAGGCAGCUGAGAAGCCUGAACCCAGCCGAAGUAAGAGGGGCCCUUCACCUAACCCCAAAGGUGUAUGGCGGAAAGAAACCGGCCCAAAUGGCAAAGAUAAUUCCCAGAGAGGCCUAAGCAUCAGCCCUGCCCAGUAUCGAAGGGACAAGUGCCAGAGCUUCCCUCUGGACCCUGAGUUUGCCUUUUAUGACAAUUCUACUUUUGGCUUAACGGAGGCGGAGCAGCAGAUGAUUGACCUCCCUGGGUAUUUUGGCUCAAAUGAAGAAGAUGAAACAAGUACUCUGAGCAUUGAGAAGCUGGUGAUCUGAGUGACUCAUUGCAGCCCUGCAGGAGUGGCAUGCGUGGGAGAGGAUCUGCAGGAUCGGCUGGCUUCAGGUGAAAGAGCGAGCAGGAGUCACGUUACCUCCACACACAGCAGCAGGGAGUAAUGCCCCAGGUCUGGCUUGUGGGAACAUAUUCCAUUCUAUUUACUGAAAAGUGCUUUCAUAUAAAUAUUUUUUGUAUGUAUGUGUGUACAAGAUACACAAAGUACCCUGGGAAGGAACGUAUUAGUUAAGAUGUGGUGCAGGAAUAUCCAAUAGAUUUUGUUGUGUAAAGCAGUCAUGUUUUGUGCAUCAUACAUGAUGAGUGCCACUGAUAUUUCCCACCUUGUCGACUGUGUACUGGUAGACUGUGAGAUACUGAAGCAUCCACUGUCCAGCAUCCUCAACCAUCUGCCCUGAUUAGUGAAUUGUUUCCCAUCUAGAAAGCACAAAGCUCAGUCUGUGGGCAGUUUUUAUCAUUUUUUCUUAUAGUUAUCAGUGAACUGCAUUGAUUUGUAAUUAUUACUCAAAUAACCCAUAUGGUGGGGGUUUUUUAACUGGUUGCAUGAAAGUGCAAACAGUUGAUGCUGAGUACUUGAGUGAAUUUAAAAUUGUGGAGACAUUUUCAUCA